AUGGCGCGCUCCCUCUACCGCCUUCUGCUGGUCCCCACCUGCCUGCUGCUGAAGCUCUCCAAGCUCCUAUACUGGCUGGCCGUGCAUAGUGCCUCCUACCUGGUGGGGGCUGCCUACUGCCUGUGGGUGCCGUGGCUGGUGCUGACCCAGGGGCCGUGUCGGGCCUUCCGCUGGAGGAUGCGAGAGAUGCCACCACCAUGCCUUACCGAUGCCUCCUAUGGGGAGCACUGCUACCUGCAGCUUAAGGUGCUGUGGGGCUUUACCAAAUGCAUCCUGGUGGGGCAUGACUGGGGUGGCACCAUCGCGUGGAAGUUCGCCAUGAAUCACCCCGACAUGGUGGAGAAGCUCAUUAUCAUGAAUGCCACCGACCCGGCCGUGCUUAAAGAGUACGGAGGAGGCCACCCCUGCCAGCUGCUGCGCUCCAGCUACAUAGUCAUGUUCCAGCUGCAGAGGCUGCCUGAGCUGCUCUUGUCUUUGGGUGACUUCCAGCUGUUGAAGGACACUUUGGGAGGCAGGAAGGGAGGAAUCCAGAACCCUGAGCGGCGCCUGACGACACAGGAGCUGGAGGCCUACAUGUUCAGCUUCUCCAAGCCCGGAGCGCUGACACCACCCCUCGAUUACUACAGGAACAUGCUCAGCAGGAGCUCCAUGCAGUGCAAGGACGUGCUGGUGCCCACGCUGGUGAUCUGGGGGGAGAAGGACGUGUACCUGGAGGCUGGGAUGAUCCCCCUCCUGGAGCAGUAUGUGCGCAAGCGCUGCCGCGUGCGGCGCAUCCCAGAGGCCAGCCACUUUGUCAGCGAGGACCAGCCCGACAAGGUCAAUCAGCUGAUCUGGAGCUUCCUGCGGGAGAGUGACUGA